UCGAAGCGAAGGUGAGGAAAGCUGACACUUGAAUGGAAAACAGAAGAAGAAGAAGAAGAAGAAGAAGAAGCAAAGUGAGAGGGAUUUCAAAAGAAGGACAAAAACAGGCAUGAAUAUGGAUUCAGAUCCUGGAGGAGUCAUAGAGCUGGAUUCACCUGAUGAACCGGUUCAGAGCUCAGAACAUCAGAACGAGGAGCAUGACUCGGACUCGGUGGUGCUUUGGGUUCCCACUGGAAGACGUCUGGUCUCGGGUCUGCUGGGUCUGAACGCGGUGCUGCUGGGGGCGGCUCUGGUGGUCGGGAAAGCUUUGAACCCCACGGCGCUGAAGAACCAGGAGCCUCAGGUGUUCCUGCUGCUGCUGAUGGGGGUCAGCGUGGUCUGGAUGCUGUGGUACCUGCUGUGGGCCCGGAGACAGCCCGGCUUCUGCACACACAAGGACCACCAUGCCGGGGGAGGCCCUGUCACCUUUGUCGUCCAUCUCUUUGCUGUGUUCAGUCUGCUGCUGUACGUCUGCAGGAUCGGAUAUUUCAUCAACACGAGGGCGUGUAAACCUGCUGCUCAAGUGCUCUCUCCGUUCAUCGAGGCUCUGUUUCUCACUCUGCAGACAUAUUUACUGUGGGCUCACUCCAAAGACUGCGUUCAAAAACACAAGAUCAUCACCAGGUUGGGUCUGAUGGUGAUCCUCUCGGCCGACCUGCUGUUGUGGCUGAACGCGGUGACGGAGGAAACCAUCCACGUGGAGAUGAAGUUGGAAAAAGAGGGCGGUCUUCAUGUCAGCAGCAGGAACUCAUCAGCGUUAGCAGGAUUUGAAAACUCGACUUCCUGCCACUGCAGAGUGAGCGCCGCCUGCCUCGUCUUCAGGAAAGCCAUUGAAAUCCUCUACCCCUUCCACAUGGAGUAUUACUUGAUGGCGGGCUGCAUGAUCUACGUGAUGUGGAAGAACGUGGGCCGCAGGACGAGUCCAGGUGACCACCACCACGUCGCUCAUAAGCUGACCCUCCGUGCGGUCUACGACGGCGAGGUCUUUUACGGCCUCGUGUUCGGCGGCCUGGUCCUCACGGUGGGCGUCGUCAUCUUCAUCCUCUAUCACAUUUUUGUGAGCCUGCCCCGCCAUCGCCUCACCGCCUUCCUCCUGUUCUAUGGUUACCACCUGGCCGUCAUGCCCCUCAUGUCUCUGUGCAGCCUGGGCGGGACGCUCGUCCAGCGGGCGGAGAGGAGGGCGAGCGUCGGGGGGCGCGACCCCACUCGGAGCCUGGACGUGAUCCUCCUGCUCGCGACGGCUCUCGGUCAGCUCGCCCUGGCUUACUUCUCUCUGGUUGCGGCGCUCGCUGUUGGGACCGAGGGGACUCUGGGGGACCUGGACCUGUCUUACUCCAUCCUCAGCCUGCUGGAGCUCAGCCUCCAGAACAUCUUCAUCAUCAAGGGGCUUCACAGACACCCGAGCCGCUUCACCAAGAAGAAGGAGAAGCAGUGGAGCAACUUUUUCCAGCCAAAGAAGAAGAAGGCCGCUGAUCCGAUCCCUGAGGAGAGGAAGACGGAUACCACGCUCCUGCGGGGGAAAACGUCAGCUGCUGCUCAAGAGCAUGAUGGGAAAAAAUCCUGGAUGAAACGAGCGAUUCAAGAAAUCUGUGCGUUCCUCAUCCUCUCCAACAUCAUGCUGUGGAUCAUCCCCGCGUUCGGAGUCCACCCGCAGUUCGAGAACGGCAUCGGGAAGCGGUUCUUCGGCUUCAGCGCCUGGUUCGUCUUGGUGAACCUGAGUCAGCCGCUCGGCGUUUUCUACAGGAUGCACUCGGUGGGAGCUCUGAUGGAGCUGCUCCUCGAUGCAUGAUGAGCAGACAAAAGAUCCCCCAGAACUAAAAGGAUCAGGGACUUCUUCUUCUUCUUCAAGGAACUAAAAGGUUCCUGCAGCCCAUUGUUGUCAGCAUUUCCACCGCAGGAUAUGUCCCCCCUCCCCCCCGCUGGGCCAAGAACUGGACUUUAGGGGUGAAGCAUGCUUAGGUACGGUACAGAUUGCCUGGUGUGAGUGCGCCCCUAAAAAAGAAAGAGUACUCUAAUGAAAAUGUGAGAAGAAUAAGAACUGGAUACCUCCCCCCCCCUCAGUGGUCUUUCAGCUGCAGUGGGUGAUCUAAUACUUUCUGUUCCUGACCAAUCAGAGACAUUCAGCACUGCUCUGGCCUGAAAAGUCCUUGAACCUUUAGGAAGUACUACCCCCCUAGCAGGGUCUUUUUGAGGGGUAGAUCUUUUACCCAGGAACUAAAUGUAGUCCCUGGUUCCUGCGGUGGAAAUGCACCUCAAAAGGUUCUUACUUCUUCGUUCCUCUUGUUGAAAAGUGGCUAACAGCUGUAGAAGAAGAAAACACACAUAUGGUUGAAGAAUUCAUGACACAUAGUUAGAAAUUAUUUAUUUUAAGACCAAAGCAUGUGGGCCGGACUACAGAGUCCGGGUCUUUCAGGCUCUUCAUGGUUUGGAGAAGGGUCCAGCUGCAGUCUGUGUUCGCUUCUAUUUCUUUUUUUUUUUUGGCAAAUGAAAUCCACAGCUGAUAAAUAAAUGUCCCGUCCUCCUUCCAAACACA